ACCGCUGCGCGGCGGCGAUGCGGAAGUAAAACCCCACUGAGGAAGCUGACAGCCGACUUGCAAAAAAGGCCGGAGUUUAGCUUCAAUUCUUGAGCUUUUCUGUCACAACAGUCACCAAAAUGUCGAAGAAUACAGUGUCUGCCCGCUUUAGAAAAGUGGACGUGGAUGAAUACGACGAGAACAAGUUUGUGGACGAAGAGGACGGCGGAGAGAACCAGCUGGGUCCUGACGAGGCGGAGGUGGAUUCGCUCAUCAGACAAGGAAAUUUCAUGGAGGCUUUACAUGCAGUUCUGAAGAACCCGCCCAUCAACACAAAGAACCAGAAUGUCAAGGAUCAUGCUGAGGGUCUGGUGCUGAAAGUGCUCAGUGCCUUUAAGAGCAGCGACAUUGAGAAAGCAGUGCAGUCCCUUGACAAGAAUGGGGUCGACCUGCUGAUGAAAUACAUCUACAAAGGCUUUGAGAGGCCGUCAGAAAACAGCAGUGCUGUUCUGCUGCAGUGGCAUGAAAAGGCACUGGCGGCUGGCGGAGUGGGCAGCAUCGUUCGGGUCCUAACAGCGAGGAGAACUGUGUAAAAGAGGACCGGUUCAGUGCUGUACAUGUAAACUCACACACGGCAUAUGGACUCAAAGAAAAAACAGACGUUUAACCCAAUGAGAACCAGUUUAAGGCUCGACUUGAUCACAUCAAAUCUGGAUCACAUUUGGUUUAAAAAGAAAAAAGCAAAAAAACUCCCUACUAAACCCUCACAGGCUGCAACAGACGGUUCCACCAGGUCUGUGCUGCAUCCAUUUAUCCCCCCCUGCUGCAUUUCAUUCACGUGCUCUCGUUCCGUACACAGCACCCUCCCUCUAAAUUACUCAUUCUUCGUUUCUAGCACAGGAAGGUUCAGCUUUGUUUCUCUCAGGAAAAAUCUUUCUUUCACCUCGCACGCUCGUAUUCUCUGUGCGGAAUCGUCUCAGUGAAUCCACUUUAGCGGCGGGAGUCUCCUGAAAAGUACAGUCACAGAUGGACGGUUGCUAUUAACCCUGGGGGAGUGGGUUGACAUCUUCCAUCCAUUCUGCCACUCUGUCUGCCCAAAUACAGGAUUAUUACCCAUAAUGCAGCUCAGGCUGCUAUCCUCAUCACCACUUUUUACUAAUCCAUUUUUGCCAUUCUUUUAAUCCUGCAGAGGGCACUAAUGUUCUCUGCUUGUACUCUUUAUGGGAGCUGCAGCUUUAGUAAAUUGGGAUACUGAUUGCAAAUGUUUAAAGGAAAUAAAAAUGACUUAGAAUCACACACACACUUUGCAGUAAAAACUAAUUUUGACUUUCUGCUGAAUCAAAGCAAAGAUUUGGUAGGGGUUUUUUUGUUGCAAAUUUGGUGUGCUGGAUCCACCCCUUUUAUAUACUGUGGCCUCUGUAAGCAGAAAUCUGUAACUGUUAAAAAAAAAAAAAUCAUGUGCAUGAUUCCAGUUCUGUCAGGCUUUUCAUACAUGUCUUUUGUACGUUAUUUGUGUUUUUCCACAAAGGGCAAAAAAAAAAAAUUCUUGUGUUAAAUUCAUGGUGUAGGAUUUUUCUACCAUUCUUCCAUUCAGUGUUGUCUUGCAGGAGGGAGAUGUCGUGUUACUCCAUUUAUAUGAAUGUCAGAUUUUUUUUUUUUUUUAAUAAAGAGGUAAUCCAGAUUACUUUUGUCUGCCUUAUCAGGUAGAUUACUUCUGUUGCCAAACGCUUAAUUUUGCUUUCACUGGAAAACUGUCCCUUACAUUGUCAAUUUAACCACAUCUUUAUUAAAGAAAAACUAAGUCCUAAUUAGCAUACAGAGACCUAAAUCCUCAGCUCCAUUAUGUAAUUUCACUGGAAUUUUGUGGAGAUUAUUAAAAAUGUACAUUUUCGGAAUGUGCAUACAAUAGACAAUCAGAAGCUGGAUGAUUGUGUUUUCCAGGGAGGCUUCAUGGUGGCCAUUUUGAAUUCGUAAAAAAUGGUGGCUUAAAAUUGUGGUAUUUCAAUAUUUUGGCUUCUAGAUAGCCUAGGACCUUGAGUCCAGUGGCUAAAUACACAUUUUCGGGGCCAAAGAAUCCAGUGGUGGUAAGUACGAAAACUGUACAUGCGGGCAGAGUCAUGUUUAUGGGUGUACAUCUUGGAUUUGUAUAUGGGGAAAAUCCACCAUUUUAACCUGCCAUCUUUAAAAAUCCAAGAUGGCUGACAUCAUGGCUUCCAGCAAAAUGGAAUCAUGCAUUUUCUCAUUGGGUAUAUUGCAGGUAAUUUUCAAAAAUGUAUCAUUUUACUCAUGUCCACAAAAUUCUUGCUAAUACCUGAACAUGGUGAACCUGACAAAAAGCAAAGUGCAUCACAGUUCAGUAGGUCACUUUGAAACAUAAAAUUCAGUGUUUUGUCAUUACCCAUAAUGCAAUAUCUUGCUAGUGUAACAGUGGCACUUGGGUUUUGGUCUGGUGGUUAGAAUACCUGCCUCCCAUGUUGGUGAUUCUGAGUUCAAGUCCAGAAAGGGGCAGAAGGGGUUCACCUUUUCAGUGGUAAUGUUUCUGAUCUUUCAGCAAUGUGACUAUCUUAACAUCGGCCGAGCUUAGACGACUGUCAGCAACACAAACUGCAACUAUUCGUAGGUUCUCCUCAUCGCAUUUUUGCUUGAAUACUUAAUGGAUGGAAUACAACUCUUCCAACAUUUUGCAUGCAUGGAUGGUUCCGUAGCAAUGCAUUGCAUUAUGGGUAGUGAUGAAAGACAGAAUUGCUCCCUUCCUGAAAAACGCCACGUGAGUGGAUGUUACUUUUUCUAAGAGAGUCGCCAUCGUUUCAGUCACAUUAACACCACUUGGUCUUUAAACAUGAGUUUUCAUGAAUUGUGUCAUCAGUGAUGAUGCGUCAAGUUUUUCUAAUGCAGUAACGGCUGACGACAGGAGAACAGCCCGUUUCAUGUCUACCUAGUCAGAGAUGCUCUUCUAGCCCAGUGCCAGAAGAUGAGGAAACAAACCAAACUGAUGUACAAACUGCCUUACUAGAAUAUUCCUUUGUUUUUAAUGUUUAUGCUUUUUUUGACAAAAAUAAAAGAGUAUGAAUGCUAA